CUUCUAAUGCUGGAAAAUUAACAGCAUGUUCUUGUGCGCGCCGGGUGAAAUAGUUAUGAGUACUAGCCGUUACAUUAGUUUAUCUCUUUUCUAAGUAUUAGUCGAUGCUUUUUAAAUAUACCAACCGAUUGUCUUUGAACCUGGAAUGGGUGUCCGAGCAACAAGCGACUGUGCAAACGGAAUUCUCUGGUACUGUUCCGUCGUGCGCACAUUUUGAAUGAAUAUCGCAUCGGUGAACAUUUGUGGAAUAGCGGAAUAUUUUGUAAGCCUUUUUCUCAAGCGCAUUUUCUACUUUAAAAUGAGCACAUAUGCACUUAAUGUGGGCUAUGACUCAUCUUGUUUCCAGUAGCCUAAAAAACCUUAUUUAAUUUCUUAAAUCGAAGUCUGGCGAGUUAACGCUGGAGAGAGAGAGAGACACCAUGGCCAGUCUAAGGCAUGGUAGUGUGCUUCUAGAACUAAAGAAACCCUACUUCACAUGGCGAGUUUUGUGGGUGAUGAAAGCCCUAUUCGACUUGACGGCAUCGCAGGAAAUGUACGCCCCACAUUCUAUACGAAUGGAGGGAGACCUGACCCUCGGUGGCCUCUUCCCUGUUCACGCCCGGGGGAUCCCGGGGGAACCGUGUGGGGACAUCAAGAAGGAGAACGGGAUCCAUCGUCUUGAGGCUAUGAUGUACGCCUUGGACCAAAUCAACAGCGACGAGGAGCUUCUGCCCAAUAUUACUCUAGGUGCUCGUGUGCUCGAUACCUGUUCGAGGGACACCUAUGCUUUAGAGCAGUCGUUGACUUUUGUCCAGGCACUAAUACAAAAAGACACUUCGGAUGUCAGGUGUACGAACGGUGAACCACCAGUAUUCGUCAAGCCAGAGAAAGUUGUUGGAGUGAUAGGAGCUUCGGCAAGUUCUGUAUCCAUCAUGGUGGCCAACAUCUUACGUCUGUUUCAGAUUCCUCAGAUCAGCUAUGCCUCCACAGCCCCGGAGCUGAGCGACGACCGACGGUAUGACUUCUUCUCCCGCGUGGUUCCUCCAGACUCGUUCCAGGCCCAGGCCAUGGUGGACAUAGUGAAGACCCUGGGCUGGAGCUACGUUUCCACUGUAGCAUCCGAAGGGUCAUAUGGAGAGAAGGGAGUGGACGCGUUCCAGCAGCUUUCCAGAGAAGCAGGUGGGAUCUGCAUUGCUCAGUCCUUGAAGAUACCACACAAUCACAAGCAGGAGCAUUUUGACAAGAUCAUCAGACUUCUUCUGGACACCCGCUAUGCUCGAGCAGUCAUCCUCUUUGCCUCAGAUGAGGACAUAAGAGGUAUCCUGAACGCCAGUAAGAGGGCGGACCAAGUGGGUCACUUCCUGUGGAUCGGCUCAGACAGCUGGGGUGCGAAGAACAGCCCAGUGUUCCAGCUGGAGGAUGCAGCGGUGGGAGCCGUCACCAUCCUGCCCAAGAGAGCCACCAUCCGUGGAUUCAACACGUACUUCACAUCCCGUACACUGGAGAACAACCGGAGGAAUGUGUGGUUCGCAGAAUACUGGGAGGAAAACUUCAACUGCAAACUGAUGAGUUCAUCCAAGAAGGACGACACCAGCAGGAAAUGCACAGGCCAGGAGCGGAUAGGAACGGACUCCAAGUACGAGCAGGAGGGGAAGGUUCAGUUUGUGAUUGACGCAGUUUACGCCAUGGCACAUGCCUUGCAUAACAUGCAGAGAGACCUGUGUCCCGACACCUCUGGAAUCUGCCCUGAUAUGGACCUAGCCGGGGGCAAGAAACUGCUCAAGUACAUCCGCAGUGUCACCUUCAAUGGAAGUGCCGGUACGUCGGUGACGUUCAACCGGAACGGUGAUGCUCCGGGUCGGUACGAACUGUUCCAAUACCAGAGGAACAACCACAGCUCCCCGGGGUACAAGAACAUUGGACAGUGGAUGGAAACGCUACAGCUCAAUAUUGAAGAGAUGCAGUGGCCUAAUGGAGAGCCGGAGGUCCCCAGCUCCGUGUGCAGUCUGCCUUGUAGGACCGGCGAGAGGAAGAAGAUGGUGAAGGGCAUGCCAUGCUGUUGGCACUGCGAACCAUGUGACGGCUACCAGUUCCAGUUUGAUGAAACGUCCUGCAAGCUGUGCUCCUACAACAUGAGACCCAAUGCCAAUAGGACAUCCUGCCAACCCAUCCCAAUCGUGAAACUGGAGUGGCACUCACCGUGGGCCAUUAUCCCUGUCUUCCUCGCCAUGAUAGGCAUUGUCGCCACCAUCUUCGUCAUGGCAACCUUUAUACGUUACAAUGACACGCCCAUUGUCCGGGCUUCCGGCCGCGAGCUGAGCUACGUCCUCCUAACCGGCAUCUUCCUCUGCUACAUCAUUACCUUCCUCAUGAUUGCCAAGCCGGAUGUGGGUGUGUGCUCCUUUCGGAGGAUCUUCCUGGGUCUGGGCAUGUGCAUCAGCUAUGCUGCCCUCCUGACCAAGACAAACCGCAUCUACCGCAUCUUUGAACAGGGCAAGAAGUCGGUGUCGGCGCCAAGGCUGAUCAGCCCAACCUCCCAGCUGGCCAUCACUUCCUCCCUGAUCGCCCUGCAGCUCCUGGGGGUGUUCAUCUGGUUCGGCGUGGACCCCCCCAACACUGUCGUGGACUAUGACGAGCAGAAAACCUUCAACCCGGACCAGGCUAGGGGAGUGUUGAAAUGUGACAUCACAGACCUGCAGAUUAUAUGCUCCUUGGGUUAUAGUAUCCUUCUCAUGGUCACCUGCACCGUGUAUGCCAUCAAGACGCGUGGCGUCCCGGAGAACUUCAACGAGGCCAAGCCCAUUGGCUUCACAAUGUACACAACCUGUAUAGUCUGGCUAGCUUUCAUACCAAUCUUCUUCGCGACGGCGCAGUCCGCAGAAAAGCUGUACAUCCAGACAACCACCCUGUGCGUCUCCAUGUCCCUCAGCGCCUCCGUUGCCCUGGGGAUGCUCUACAUGCCAAAGGUCUACGUCAUCAUCUUCCACCCGGAGCUCAACGUCCAAAAGAGGAAGAGGAGCUUCAAGGCGGUUGUGACGGCUGCCUCACUGACCACACGCCUCUCGCACAAGACCAGUGACAGGCCCAACGGAGAGGCCAAGACGGAGCUGUGUGAAAACGCUGACCCAAACAGUCCGGCAGCAAAAAAGAAAUAUGUGAGCUACAAUGACAUCGUGAUCUAAGAGCUGUCAGCAGAGAACAGGACAUGACGGAUGGAGGCACUCAUGGUCUCCUGCCCCUUUGGCAUCAAAAAUGGAAAGGCUGUUUAGGUCCACGCUGCUUGACUGCCCUCUGCCCACUCCGGAACCCUCUGACCCCUCCUGCCCCCACCUCUGGAACCCCGGAACUCCGGAACAGGACAGGGACCAAGGUUGGGUUCUGGGUUUUAGAGUUUUCAAGUUAACCAGAGGAUUCUGGCUGGCACACCAACAUCUCAACAUGGUAAGAACGGAAAGAAAACAACCUAGAGACAGACAGACUAGGUUUGGAGGACGGAAAGUAAAAAUGGUCAAGAAAAUCAGUUUGAUUUAAAAAAAAGAAAAAUACACACAAAAUCAUUUGUUUUGCAAAAUGAUUGCAGAGAUUUAAAAAAAUUGACGCAGACAAGGCUGCUAUUGCCUGAAACAAUGCUAAGUCCCCUGUCCUCCAAUGUUCUCCACCUCAGAGACCAGGUGGAUUUUUGCUGGGCCCUCCGCUGGCCCUUACUCAUUACAGGUGGGUUUCCACAGGUGACACAGGAGAACCUUCUGUUUCGGGGGACUCACCUGUACUUGUACCUGUCUGCUCCUACCAUGGGGCUGUUUCUUGUCUUUUAGUGUACUUCCAAAUUGCAAGUUUUUCAAAAAUUCCUGUAAAAAAGUGUGUGGUUUCUCUGAGCUGUCUGUCACCUUUGUUGUGGAUUUUUUAAAGAUCUCUAUUUUUUCUUGUCUUCUUUCUCCUUUCUUGCUUCUUGGAUGCACAUUCAAUUAAAGCCAUAUUCGUGUCCCUGAGAUGUCAAGUAUUUUUUUUAAGGAUUUCAGUUGUGUGUGGACCUAUGGAAAAGAGAUUCGAUUUUUCGUUUCCUUCUGUUUUCUGUAUGUUGUAGGGGGUACAGUCACGGUUUAUUGGUAUAAAAAUGUCAAUGACUCCAGUGGUAUUAGAUAAUAACAAGGUGUCUGUCCCUGUAUAGAAGUUGUCAAUGCAUGCCUGCUAUGUUUGAUGUAAAGAUGAAGUCACUGAUGGAGAUUUCACAACAUGUGACCACUAGCCUUGCUCUGAAUGGCAUACAAUAACAUUUACUGUUAGCAUUAUCAUUUCUUCAUUAUUUUUAUUGUUUGGUUGUCUCUCUGAAUGCAGAAUAUGGCUUUAAUUUGUCUUGGCGUUUUCUUAAUGGCCCGCAACUAUGGAUAAAUUGUGAAGAAAAGAUUAAUAUAUAUUUAAAAACAAAACACUCCACAAAAAAAGAAGAGCAUGUAUGUUUUCUACUGUUUGUACUGAGUAUAUUCAUGUUGCCCUUGCUGCUUGUGUGCCAAUGUUGUGGGAUAUACACAUUUACGUUUGGCCUCUCAUGCAACUAUUAUGUGGUGUUGUCCAAGAAUGUAUCAACAUGAAAAUAAAACCAUUUGGUUAUUUUUUUUAAAUA